AUGCAGUUGUCAGCGGGAAUAAUAAUUUUUUCAUGGAUUUCAUUGGUGCAGUCAUUAAAUAUUAGUCAAUGGAACUUUAAACUCCUAAGAGCUAAAAGAUCUAUUGAUGCCGCCGUUUCGGAAUAUUAUGAAACGAAAACAUUUAUGAUGAGCGUUGGUGUUUAUUUGGAAUAUUCGAAAUAUUGGCAGAAUGUGGUUUCAGAUUACCUAACGGAUGCUUUAACGCAUUCUAAAUUUAUGAAAUAUGAAAUUUUUAUGAAGUCCAAGAAUCGUCAUCAACGUGUAACCAAGGUUUCCUAUCACAAUUUGUGGUAUGUUGAUUCGUACAAGGGAUUUCGCUCAUUAUUGGUGGCCGUUAAAAACGAUUAUAAUGAAAAUAUGGGUGAAUAUUUUAUAGUAAUGGAUGUAGCGAAACCGUUAAAUCAGGACCAAGAGGUGAAAUCCAUAUUGGAAACAUCAUUUCAAUUAAAUAUAGUUGAUGUUGUCGUAGCAGUGUAUGUAAGAAAUGGCACAUUUAAAUUAUAUUCCUUUGAUAUAUUUCAUCCUCAUCAUUGUCGCCAAGUUGUGGUGGAACAAGUGAAUCUUUUUCGUAAUGGACAAUUUCAAAAUAAUGAAUUGUUUCCCUAUAAAUUUAGAAAUUUUCACAAUUGUCCCCUCACCAUGUAUAUUCGGAAUAGUUCACUGUUUUAUCGUUUCAACUUGACAAAAGACGGUACACAAAUCGAUCACAUUGAAGGCGUAGAGGCAAAUAUGAUUCAGAUAAUGGCCAAAAAGUUAAAUUUUAAAUUGCUUAUGUAUUACGAUAAGAGUGAUAGUGUUGGUAAAGUGUAUGAAAAUGGCACUUCAGUUGGAACGUUUCGUUAUUUAAAUGAAAACAAGGUUGAUGUUUUACUGGGUUAUUAUCAUUAUCCUGUCAGAAGUCGUUUUUUCGCCGAGAGUACUACGUAUGCAUUUAUGCCGCUUGUCAUGGUCAUCAGUGAACAUAAUCGUCAUGAAUUUGUGGGAGUUUGGCUUAUUAAACCAUUUGGUCCCAUUACUUGGUUAGUUCUUGGUCUACAGUCACUUUUAGUGGUUAUUAUAGUACAAUUAGCUCACUACUAUUUGUCUAGAACGGUUACCUGGAUAGAUAUUGUGGGUCUGGCUCUGGGCAAUUCUAGACCUUUACGCAUUAAAUCCUAUGUAAUCAAGUUUUCAUUUUUUGUCUGCAUUUUUGGCACCAUGCUACUCUGUGCCACCUUUCAGGGACGUCUCUAUAAUGCCUUUAACAGUGGCAGCGUUCUCAAAAUUAAAGACUUAGAAGAAUUGAUUAAAGCUAAUUAUACCUUCCUACUAAGAUCCAGUUUCGAUAGUGAUCUUAUACAGUCAUUACACAUUCCCCUUAAGCAGAUACAACUGCUUGAUGUGGCAGAGGAUUACUUCAUCUACGACAUAAUGCGCAGCUAUCCGACUAAUGUGGCUACACUUACCAACUAUUGGGACUUUCAAAUGUAUGUAGAGUCCAAAAAAUGCUACAGUGAAUUUGAUAUUUUAUCAACGGUUGUGGUUCUAAAUCAGAUUUGUGCUUAUAUGAAAUCAUUCCUAUUUGAUACAGCCGAUUAA